CGGGGAAGGGGAGGGGCAUCCCCACUUAUCGGGGAUGGUAAAGAUGGGGAAACUGAGGUUCACAGAAAUCUGCCAAGGUUACAUAGCUAAUAGGCAAGAUCAGAUUUUCCCACCUUGCUUGCAGGCACCUGGUCCAGUUGUUUUGGGACCUUUUUGGGUCCGUAAGCUCCCAUCACCACCUAAACCCGCCUAAAUCGGGAAGCUAAAGAGAUGGUGGGGCAUUACCUUGUGUGAUAAGUUGGGCCGGUUCAGAGGUUGAGGCUGAAUGGGGGUGAGGGGAAGCUGCCUUGCCCAGUUGAUCUUGCCCAUCUCUGGGGGUGGGGAACAGAUAGAGGCUGCCCUAUGGGACUGAGCGCAGAAGGGAAUGGUCUGAGAGACUAGAUGGGAGAGUGGGUGGUGCAAUGAUGGGCUGGUAUUGGGUGGGCAUGGGAAGUCCUGGGGGGUGGGUGGUAGUGGCACUUACAUUGCAGAUGUCAUUUACUUGGCAGGGGGAGAGCCACAAGGCAGGGAUGAGGUGGUGUGUGUUGAAGGGCAGGAUUUAGGGAAGAAGGAGUGCUUACUGUGCCUAAGAAGCACCCUAUAUAUGGAGAAAAGGAAUGCCAGAGACUGUGUAAGUCUCAGCUAGAGACCAGAGACACAGAUGUCUAGCAUGUGACCACCUCUCUGUGCCUCAGUUUUCUCAUCUGCCUUCCACUCGGUGCAGGUCUGAAGAUGGAACAACGAAGCAUACAGUAGAUGCUUAAUAAGCAUUUGCUGCCACAGUUUCUCCCUGCAGUAGCCUCAUCAUAUUCCUCUCCUAGGGGAAGAUAUCCUCGGAACCCCAGCCCAGUCUUUCCAAUGAGACCCGCAGCACUAGGCUCCCCAGGUCACACAUCACUGGAAGAUGAGGGACCUGUCAUGGUGAAGCUGGAGGACUCUGAGGAGGAGGGUGAGGCCACCCGGUGGGAUCCUGGCCCAGAGGCUGCGCGCCAGCGUUUUCGACACUUCCACUAUGAGGAGGCAGUGGGUCCCCAAGAGGCCCUGGCCCAGCUCCGGGAGCUAUGCUGCCAGUGGCUGCGACCAGAGGUGCACUCCAAGGAGCAGAUGCUGGAGCUCCUGGUACUGGAACAGUUCCUGUGUGCACUGCCCCCUGAGAUCCAAGCUUGCGUGGAGGGACAGCAGCCAGGCAGCCCUGAGGAGGCCGCUGCCCUGGUUGAGGGGCUGCGCCGGGAGCCAGGAGGCCCCCGGAGAUGGGUCACAGUCCAAGUGCAGGGUCAGGAGGUGCUAUCAGAGAAGAUGGAGCCCUCCAACUUCCAGCCCCUCCUUCAAACCAAGCCUCAGACUCCAGAAUGUGGCCCUAGGACACCAUCUGAAGUCAGACAAGAGUCACCACUUGGCCUUCGGGUGAAAGAGGAGCCCACGGUUACAGAGAACCGAGAGCUUCUGGAUUCUGGGCCUCUAGCCACUCCCCAGGAAGCCACUUCUACUCUCCUGCCUAAAGAGGCCCAGGGCUGUGAGAUAGUGCUGGACCAGGCCUCUCCCCACAGCGAGACUGGGCUUGAGGGGCCUUCAUGGAGGGUGCAUCCUGGGGCCCUGUGGCAGGAGGAAGCUGGGGGCAUCUUCCCUCCAGGGUUUGCGCUCCACAUGGACAGUGUCUCUGCUGGCCCAGGCACUGUGAGCCCCCACCUCCACAUUCCCUGGGACCUCAGCAUGGCUGGCCUCACUGACCAACUGCAGUCACCUUCCUGUGAAAGUGGCUUCUCACAUGCAGUGGUGCUCCCCAAUGGCCCUGGAGGUGAGCAGAAGCCCAUGAACGAGGAUCCGGGCCAGCUCCUGGGCCCCAUACUGGCCAAUGCCCGCUGGCGUGUGCCCAGAGGCCGGGGUCGAGGCCAAGACCUAGGCCGCCCCAGCACAGGCCCCAGGGCAGGACGAGGUGGCCGCUGCGACGUUUGCGGGAAGGUGUUCAGCCAACGCAGCAACCUACUGAGGCACCAGAAAAUACACACAGGAGAGCGGCCAUUCGUGUGUAGCGAGUGCGGUCGAAGCUUCAGCCGAAGCUCACACCUUCUGCGCCAUCAACUCACACACACUGAGGAGCGGCCAUUUGUGUGCAGCGACUGUGGCCAGGGCUUUGUGCGCAGCGCGCGCCUGGAGGAGCACCGGCGAGUGCACACAGGUGAACAGCCCUUCCACUGUGCUGAGUGCGGCCAGAGCUUUCGGCAGCGCUCCAACCUGUUGCAGCACCAGCGCAUCCAUGGGGACCCCCCGGGACCGGGCUCUGUGACCACCACGCCCCCUACGCCUCCCGGGGCACCGGAGCCCCCAGGCCCCUUCCCCUGCAGUGAGUGCCAGGAGAGUUUCACGCGGCGUGCCGUGCUCCUAGAACACCAGGCAGUGCACACGGGUGACAAAUCCUUUGGCUGCGUGGAGUGUGGUGAGCGCUUCGGCCGCCGCUCUGUGCUGCUGCAGCACCGUCGAGUACACAGUGGUGAGCGACCUUUUGCCUGUGCCGAAUGCGGCCAGAGCUUCCGGCAGCGCUCCAACCUCACACAGCACCGGCGUAUCCACACAGGUGAGCGGCCCUUCGCCUGCACAGAGUGCGGCAAGGCCUUCCGCCAGCGGCCCACACUCACGCAGCACCUGCGCGUGCACACAGGCGAGAAGCCCUUUGCCUGCCCCGAGUGUGGCCAGCGCUUUAGCCAGCGUCUGAAGCUCACGCGCCACCAGCGGACGCACACCGGGGAGAAACCAUACCACUGCAGUGAGUGUGGCCUGGGCUUCACACAAGUCUCAAGGCUCACUGAACACCAGCGUAUCCACACAGGUGAGCGGCCCUUUGCUUGCCCUGAUUGUGGCCAGAGCUUCCGGCAGCAUGCUAAUCUCACACAACACCGGCGCAUCCACACUGGCGAACGGCCCUAUGCGUGCCCGGAGUGCGGCAAGGCAUUUCGCCAGCGGCCCACACUCACGCAGCACCUGCGCACCCACCGGCGUGAGAAGCCUUUUGCUUGCCAGGACUGUGGCCGCCGCUUCCACCAGAGUACUAAGCUCAUCCAGCACCAGCGCAUCCAUAGUGCAGAGUAAGCAGCAUUCACUGUAUUUGGCUUUUGGCCUUUUGUUGGGGGAGGGCAGUGUAUGCACACAGAAAACUUACCUCACAGGGUUGUUGUGAGGCCUGUGAUCAAAUUUAGGUACAGGCAGGCCCACCCAGGACCUAGCCUCUAGUAGGUGCUCAAUAAAUAGUAGACGGAACUUGGGUCUGGGGAUCACCCAUUCAGUGCCUCCCUACCUGCGUGGGUCAGUCUGCCCACCCCACCCAUCCAGCACUUCCCCAACCAGGCAGUCUCUGUGAGAGCCAUGGACUCCUAACAGCACCUCCCGACAUCUGUGGGUGCCACCUUGUAUCAUGGCUCCUGUGCUAUUUGUCCAUGAUGCCUUCAGCCCACACAACCAUGGGGCCAAGAACUGGCCCAGUUUUCCCCAGCCAGCCAAGAUCAUCAAGUGCAGUAUAAAAAGCAAACUGGCCAGAGCUGGGGAUAUGUUUUUUAAAACUUUAAACUUAGGAAGCCAUUUCUUAGGCAUAAAACUAGGUUUUAUAUGGA